AUGCCCCGGUCCCAAGGUCGCCAGGGAGGGCCAUCGCAACCUCGCCAAGUCUUGGACGCGAGGGUAGCGCCCUAUCAUGGGCCUGCUCGAGCGCCCGCUGCUAGGCGCCCCGCGGCUCGACCCUCCUUUUCCUCCCGCUCUGAUCAACAGAAUCAGCCCCCCGCGCGUCAUGACAACAAUUCAACCGAUCUUGGUAUUGCGACACGUUUACGAGCCCGCCGUGCAGCUGUGCAGAACGGACAACGUGGUCAGCGCGAUGGCCGACCCGACGCUGAGCCCGCCCCACCACCACCUCCUCCUGUGCAAGGGCGCGUGCGCCGGGCUCGAAUCGCGCUCAAACCCCUCAAGCCCCAUGUUUCGAUUCGCGACGACCUCGGCCCCCAGACGGCCGUGUGCACCCACUGCAAGGCUCGGCACUGGGAGUGCGAAAGGUCGAAGUCGACCGGACACUUCAGCACGUACUGCUCGCAGGGCAAGGUACUCCCCCUCCCCAGCCCAAUCUCGAGUAUCGGCAGCUUCUUGAAGGCUCGGAUAGCGGUCAGUUGCUCCGUCCAACAACAUUCGUCUGCAGUAGACCCACAUGCUGAACUGUGCGACAAUCUUCCCCCGACAAUCUUACCACGCACACAGAAGCUAAAGCGUUCCGCGAGAGCGCCCGGUCGUACAACAACGCGUUGUCGUUUACUUCGCUCGCUGCCCACUGGGACCAAACUCAAGUGGGCACGCUAGGACCCCCCGUGUUUCGCGUAUUUGGUCGUCUUUACCAUCGACUCGGCGCCCUGCUCCCUGCCGUGAAUCAACGCCCAGCCUUUGCUCAGACAUGGCUGAUCGACCCGGCCGAGGCCACCAACACACGACUUGGACCCGACAGCGCAGACAAUCGCGUACAAAGAUCUACAUUGACCAAGCUCGAGUCCAUGCUACAAACCGGCAAUCGCUUUGUGAGGGAGUUCGCAUCGGCCAAAGCUCGCGCAGGUUGGGAUACGGCCAAAGAGUGGAUCCUGCGCCUCUGCCUACCACCAGGCCGAGACUGACGCACCCACAACCUUCCUACGUCAAGCACGGAAAUGGCGAUGCUUAUCUGCGAUUCCGACACCAACACGGGAGAUCGUGGACCGCAAGACCUUAUUCUCCAGGUGCACGGCGAUCGAUGUCCCGACGGUCGGCCCAAGUACCAAAUCGUUAGCUCGCUCCAUCCGUCUGCGAUGCCUCUCCGGUACCCCCUACUCUUCCCCGCGGGGGAAGAUGGCUUCCACCCCAACAUUCCUCUUUGCGGGUUCCACCAAGCCGGGCCACCAAUCGCCAGAAACCGAGAGCAGAUCGACAAUGCUGUCCAAUUGCGCGAGGUACUUGCCAGUCUCGGUCUGGAUGACGAAGACGAAGAGGAGGACGAUCACUCGAUCGUGUUGGCGUCGAUCUCUCCCUGCAUCCCGUCUUCACUCAUGGGCAGCUGUAUGUGGCAUUGUCUCGAGCCAUGAGUGUUGAUCGAAUCAAGGUGCUACUGCCCUCUCGCGACCCCGCCGAUGAUGACGACGACCUACCUGCCGUCGAUCGAACGGCAGCCGCAACCACCGUGACCCCAAACCCAGUACUCCGCUCUGUUCUCAGGGCAAUGAAUGGAGAAUAG